CCCCUAAGCCACUGACUCAUCCCCUUUGAGAAAAUUGGUGACAAAGCUUGAAAUUUAUUCUUCUUUUCUUGUUAGAUAACAAGAUUUGGGGCUUAGAACUCUCUUUAAACCCAGAAAUUUCAGAUCUGCUUUGUUCUUCCCCUUUGUCUGUCCGCUGUUCUGCCGGGUGUGAAUCCUUCGGGAUUUUUGUUUUCAUGAUUUCUUCUCCGGUCUCCGUCGGCCUCCAUACCCGCCAGCUCCGGUUUUGGUUGCUGGAAAAAUUCUGCUUGGAUAUUACCUUGUGAAUGGGCACUGAUCUUGAGAAAGCUCCUCCUAGCCAGUUGACAAUAGUGUCAGUUCAGGCUGUUGGAGGAAUUAUUGCUGGUGCGACUGCUUCCUGCGUCACAACCCCAUUGGACACUGUUAAGACCCGCUUACUGGUGAUGGGGCAUGAAAAACGACCCUCUACAAUGCAAGUAGUAAAAACCCUAAUUGCAGAUAAUGGUUGGAAAGGUUUAUACAGAGGGUUAGGUCCAAGAUUUUUCAGCAUGUCAGCAUGGGGAACGUCAAUGAUAUUAGCCUAUGAAUAUUUGAAAUGGACUUUUGAACAUAUGUGGAGAACAUUCAAGAAGUUUGGUAGAGUUUUAGACAUUUAUUAUCUGAACAGAAAAGGAAAAGAUGGCAGAAGGUUCGGCUUUGUUAGAUUUCAGGGAGUUGCAGAUGAAAUAGCACUAGAGAGUCAAUUAGAUAUGAUUGUCGUUGAUGGACUGAAGUUAAGAGUAAACCGGCGAAGAUUCAGCAAAAGCAGGAGAAACAUGCCACUCGAAAUUGAGAAAAAAACAACCAUCAUACGAAAUGAAAGGGAUAGAAGAAGCUUCACAGAAGUGGUUGGAGGAGCGUCGAUCCCAGGGGAGAAAGAGAGCACAAGGGGUGGACCUUCUACGGUAGGGAAAAUGGGUAAGAGAGAAUGGAAAGCCAAACAGGAUGGAAAAGGCUGGUCUGGAUUGGAAUUUGUUGUGGAAGAGGAAGAGUAUACAUGGCUGAAAGGGUGUUACGUAGGAGAAGUCCACGCGGUGGAAAUGAUCAAAGUAGCUGAGGAAGAGACAAAAAAUGGUUUGUUCCCUCUGAAAUUAGAUUUUCAGCGUGCUUAUCCACAAGUGAACCCAAAUGAAGACGAAGAUGCAUGGUCCUGGGAUAGUGAACUGGGAGAGUUACAAAGGGAUGAAUGCUUUCAAAUCCAAGAAGACGUUGGCAAAGAUGUUGAUGAGACGACCUGCAGGAACUCGGUGAAGGAAAAACUGUUUGCUUUUCAAAAUUUUGAAAAUUUUCAAAAAAGAGGUGACGUCGAGGAGAAGGAAGCAAGCAUUAAUGAAGGAGGCGACGGAUCUAGAUUACUACAAGAAAUAGAAGGAAGGGAAGGGUUAAUGGAGAUGGUUGGUGACAGUCUACAUGCGGCGCAAGAAAAACAAAGCCAUAAAUGUGUGAUGUUUUGCAAGGAAGUUAGUGUAGCUAAAAAAGAAAGCAUGGUAGGGGAGAUCUAUGGAGGUUCAAAUGGUAGUUUUGGGAUGGGUGUUGUGGCACAAAUGGAUAACCCAUUGGACUGUUCUUCUUCGACUAAUGGGCAUAUGAAGGAAAAUAAGGAGGGCCCAAUGGAGGACACAAAUUUACAGAAAACUCUAGCAGAAACACAAGAGCAGUUAAAGCCCAACAGGGCCAUGGAGAGUGACGAUGGGCAAACUGAGGAACAAAGGGGAAGAAGGGAGAAAGAAAGUAGAAAUGGGAAGAGGAGAGUAAAAUCGUGUGCUGAAGUCUGUUUUGAGCCAAACUUAGAAAAGGAGGUUGCAGAUGAUUCCAUUGAGGACAGUGGGAUCAGAAACUGCAAUAGAAAAGGAGGACAUAAGGAGGACUUCAGGUGCGCAAAAGAAAUGUGGCUAUUGGUGAAGGAAUUAGGUGUCAAGACAAAGGGAGAUGAGGAAGGUUUGGUGCGGAGGAUUGCAAGAUUAGAAGAAAUGGAUAAAGCAAGGAGGAAAAAGACCCCAAAACAGAAGGCUUUAUUAGGUAAGCAGGUGGACCCUAUUCCUCCAUGAUUAUGCUUACUUUUAAUAUUAGAGGAUUGGGGGGUUUAGGGAAAAGAAGGAGAUUAGGAAAUUGGUUUAAAAGACAGAAUGUGUAGAUGGUAGAUUGUGUCGGGCUAUUUGGGGCUUGGAUGACUUUGAUUGGGUGGCUACACCUUCAUGUGGGUUAGUUGGGGGAUUAUUGUGCAUAUGGAGACCUGCAAUUUUUGAAAAAACUUCAUCUUUUGAAAGAUCACAUUAUCUUGGUGUUCAUGGUUUAUGGGGAGAAAAUAAAAUACUAGUCUUAAU